GAAUUUUUACUCUCCAGUCUCGUCUUUGAGAGUUGGGACAAUAUUUCUACUUUCUCCGGAAUCCCAAUCCUUGUCGGCGACCGGCGAGGACUCACCGUAACUGCCAUUUCCGUACUUCACCUUCACGCUCUCCAUGCCGCCAGAACCGCCAACUCCGGCUGCGGAAGGAGACAUGGAGGCACUCACUCAGCCCCUGCUCAACCACAAUAACAACCUCCUCCGGCGAUCCGCUUCUAACUGCACUUCUCAAGUCGCCAUCGUCGGCUCCAACGUCUGCCCGAUUGAAAGCCUCGAUUACGAGAUAAUAGAGAAUGACUUGUUCAAGCAAGAUUGGAGGAGUGGAAGGAAGAUUGAGAUAUUCCAGUAUGUGUGCAUGAAAUGGAUCCUGUGUUUUCUCAUUGGAUUUCUUGUCAGUCUUGUUGGUUUCUGCAACAAUCUUGCUGUUGAAAACAUUGCUGGCGUGAAAUUUGUUGUGACUUCCAACAUGAUGCUCGCUAGAAAGUACUUGGCAGCUUUUCUUGUAUUCACAUCUGCCAACUUUGGUUUGACACUAUUUGCAAGUUUAAUUACGGCUUUUAUCGCACCAGAAGCUGCUGGCUCGGGUAUACCUGAAGUUAAGGCAUAUUUAAAUGGUGUUGAUGCCCCAGCAAUAUUUUCUCUAAGAACACUGUUUGUCAAGAUUGUUGGUAGCAUAUCUGCUGUAUCAUCAUCUCUUAAUAUUGGAAAGGCGGGUCCCAUGGUUCAUACAGGUGCUUGCAUUGCUGCUAUAAUGGGUCAGGGUGGGUCAAAGAAAUACAGAUUAACUUGGAAAUGGCUACGAUUUUUUAAAAAUGACAGAGACAGGAGAGAUCUUGUAACAUGUGGAUCAGCUGCUGGAAUUGCUGCUGCUUUUCGUGCACCGGUUGGUGGUGUGUUGUUUGCUCUUGAAGAAAUGGCAUCUUGGUGGAGAAGUGCUCUUUUAUGGCGAGCAUUUUUUACAACAGCUGUUUGUGCAAUCGUGCUUCGGGCUCUGAUUGAUGUAUGCAUGAGAGGUCAAUGUGGACUAUUUGGUAAGGGGGGUCUCAUAAUGUUUGAUGUCACAUCAGCAAAUAUUCCAUAUCACCUUGUGGACGUGCCUCCUGUUCUUGUUUUGGCAAUUGUAGGAGGCAUAUUGGGCAGUCUGUAUAAUCUUAUACUUAAUAAGGUUCAGCGCACAUACAACCUGAUCAAUGAGAAAGGAAUUGCUUACAGAAUUCUUCUUGCUUGCUCCAUGUCCAUUAUCACAUCUUGUCUUCUAUUCGGAUUGCCAUGGCUUGCAACAUGCCGUCCUUGUCCUUCAGAUACAUCAGAGCCUUGCCCCACAAUUGGCCGGUCUGGCAACUAUAAAAAGUUUCAAUGUCCUCCUGGUCACUACAAUGAUCUUGCAAGCCUAUUUUUCAACACAAAUGAUGAUGCAAUUAAAAACCUUUUCAGCAAGGACACAGAUUCUGAGUUCCAUCAUUCAUCAAUGCUAAUUUUCUUUGUCACCUGCUUCUUCCUCAGUAUCUUUAGUUACGGAGUUGUAGCUCCUACUGGUCUUUUUGUACCUGUGAUUGUAACAGGUGCGGCUUAUGGAAGAUUUGUUGGGAUGAUAGUUAGUGGGCGGUCAAAUCUAAACCAUGGUCUCUUUGCAGUUCUAGGUUCUGCUUCUCUUCUUGGAGGAUCUAUGAGGACAACUGUUUCUUUAUGUGUAAUUAUCCUUGAACUGACCAAUAACCUAUUAUUACUACCGCUCAUAAUGCUAGUUCUUCUUGUAUCUAAAACAGUGGCAGAUUCAUUUAAUGGAAAUAUUUAUGACCUGUUGGUGCAAGCAAAGGGUUUUCCAUUUCUAGAAGCUCAUGCAGAGCCAUAUAUGAGGCAACUUACUGUCAGUGAUGUGGUCACAGGGCCACUUCAAUUUUUCCAUGGCAUUGAGAAGGUCAGUAAUAUAGUUCAUAUCCUAAGAACCACAGGGCAUAAUGGGUUUCCUGUGCUGGAUGAGCUUCCACUAUCUGAAUCCCCAAUUUUGUUUGGUUUGAUCCUUCGUGCCCAUCUUAUUACAUUGUUAAAGCAGAAAGCCUUUAUGCAUGAUCCUGUGUCUAUUAGCGAGUGUGCUGUUGAUGAGUUCUCUUCAGAUGAUUUUGCAAAGAAGGGUUUGGGCCAUGGAGACAGAAUUGAAGACAUUAUAUUGACAAAUGAAGAAAUGGAAAUGUAUAUAGAUCUGCAUCCUUUUACCAAUGCUUCACCAUAUACUGUUCUUGAGACAAUGUCCUUAUCAAAGGCUCGCACACUCUUCAGGCAACUUGGUUUAAGGCACUUGCUGGUGGUUCCAAAGAUUCCCGGUAGAGUACCAGUAGUGGGUAUCAUGACAAGGCACGACUUCAUGCCAGAACAUGUGCUGAAUCUUCAUCCAUCCAUGGCACUAAGCAGGUGGAAAAGGUUGAGAUUCCAGAUGCCUCGCUGGAAUAAGCUGUUCUAACAAAGGAAGGUUACACGAGAUUGUUUCAUAGUUUUGUAACUUUGAGAGUUGGUUUUAGCUAUACAAGUUUAUGAUAUUAUCCAGAAACCAAAAAAUGAAAAAUCUUACUAUAUUCAAGCUUGUGGGAGUGAGCCAGCCAUAACUUAUAGGUAGGAAACGAGUGCCUAAUACAGACAAUAAAGCACAGGUUAGAACAAUUCCUUUCCUCUUUCUUUAAUCUUAGGUGAAGAGUGUUUUGACUGGUAACUGUUGUGUUAAUGUGAAUUUUGGUUCUAGCUUUCUGGGGCUACCCUUUGAGUCCCCAAAUUUUCAAGAAUUGUGUCAA